AAAUAGCAAACCAACAUCGUUCAAUCAAUUUUAUUAUCUGUGGUUGACUGAAAUUCCGCUUUGUAAUCAUCUCCCGUUUGUAAAGUCAUCGAUUUGGUUCAUUAUAAUUAAAAUAUUUUACUUUAUUUAAUUGGAAUCAUAUAGAAACAUAAUAUGGGUCAAAACCAAUCAGGCGGAGGAAGCGGUGGAGACAAAAAAGAUGACAAGGAUAAGAAGAAGAAGUACGAACCUCCAAUCCCAACCAGAGUAGGUAAGAAGAAGCGUAAGGCUAAGGGACCCGAUGCGGCACUGAAACUGCCUCAAGUGACACCACACACUCGGUGCAGGUUGAAGCUAUUAAAAUUAGAGAGGAUCAAGGAUUAUCUCCUCAUGGAGGAGGAAUUCAUCCGCAAUCAGGAAAGACUGAAGCCGCAGGAGGAGAAAAUCGAAGAAGAAAGGUCGAAGGUUGAUGACCUAAGAGGGACACCAAUGUCUGUGGGCAAUCUGGAAGAGAUUAUAGACGACAACCAUGCUAUAGUAUCUACAUCAGUGGGUAGUGAGCACUAUGUCAGCAUCCUUUCCUUUGUAGACAAGGAUCAGCUGGAGCCAGGCUGCUCUGUGCUUCUCAACCAUAAGGUCCAUGCUGUAGUAGGAGUGUUGGGUGAUGAUACUGAUCCCAUGGUGUCUGUCAUGAAGCUGGAGAAGGCUCCACAAGAAACCUAUGCUGAUAUUGGAGGACUUGAUACCCAGAUACAGGAAAUUAAGGAAUCUGUAGAGCUGCCACUUACUCAUCCAGAAUAUUAUGAAGAGAUGGGUAUCAAACCUCCAAAAGGUGUAAUCCUCUAUGGUCCACCGGGAACAGGCAAGACCCUGUUAGCUAAAGCUGUUGCCAACCAGACAUCUGCAACCUUCUUGCGAGUUGUAGGCUCAGAACUCAUUCAGAAGUAUUUGGGAGAUGGGCCUAAGCUUGUUCGUGAAUUAUUUAGAGUAGCUGAAGAACAUGCACCUUCAAUUGUCUUCAUUGAUGAGAUUGAUGCUGUUGGUACAAAACGUUAUGACUCGAAUUCUGGUGGAGAGAGGGAAAUCCAAAGAACCAUGUUGGAGUUGCUCAACCAACUUGAUGGAUUUGAUUCACGAGGAGAUGUCAAGGUUAUCAUGGCCACAAAUCGCAUAGAAACAUUAGACCCAGCUCUGAUUCGCCCUGGUCGUAUAGACAGGAAGAUUGAGUUUCCAUUGCCCGAUGAGAAGACCAAGAGAAGAAUCUUUACCAUUCACACUUCAAGAAUGACAUUAGCUGAUGAUGUCAACUUGUCAGAACUUAUCAUGUCCAAAGAUGAUCUCUCUGGUGCUGAUAUUAAGGCAAUUUGUACCGAAGCCGGUUUGAUGGCAUUGCGAGAACGCCGCAUGAAAGUCACUAAUGAAGAUUUCAAGAAGUCCAAGGAGAGUGUGUUAUACCGCAAGAAGGAAGGCACCCCUGAGGGACUUUAUUUGUAAACAGUUUCCAUAGUUGUUUAUUGAAUAUUAUUUUACAUCUGUGUCUUUAUAUUUUCCGCGUAAUUAAAUAUUAUUAACUAAU